AUGCAAUACCACAACGGUCAAAGGCAAAUCGCCUCUGCUAGAAAGCUUCCUAAUGGCACCAGCACAUCCAGGAAACGAGGCUUUGAGACAGUGGAGCCCACGCCUGCCACCCCAGCAAAAAGACAACAAACAGGGUUCAUUGACGGCCCGCACACACGGAAAGACCAGUUGACGAAGGGGCAGCAGCUACUUAGGGCAGCCAACUUAUACGAAAAGCGAUACGACUACAAAGAUUGCCCAAUAGAGCAGGGAGAAAUUCGUCUCAUGUUACUUAAACGGAAUCCCAACCGAUUUGCAGAAGUCAUUAUCGAGUUGAAGUCAUUCCCAAUCCAAGAGAUCGUGGAAAACCCCGAGGAUUUCAAGUUCACAGCUCUUUCAUACAACUGGGGCGGCGGAGACGAGAACAAGAUCGUUCUCGUCGAUAUGCUUCAGGAUAACGAGCCGCUAGUUGUACCGGUAAUGCACGAUUUUUCAGAAGUCGCGACUCAGUUCAACCGAAAGAUGAAGCGGUUGAGUGUGAAACCGAAUUUGUACGCUUUUCUCCAGGAAUUUCGACAGCCGGACAAAGAGGUGGCUAUCUGGGUAGACCGUAUUUGUAUCAAUCAAAAAGACAACAAGGAGAAGCAGGACCAGGUCGCGAUCAUGGGUCAAAUAUACUCAACCGCAGCCAAUGUCGCCAUUUGGCUAGGCCCUGCAGAUGAGCACGGCAAGACUGACAGAGCAAUGGACUUCAUCAGCUUCAUACUCCAAGACGACACGGGAGAGAAAUUCAAAGAAAGGUACGCGACAAAUUGGUCGGAGCUUCUGCAUCUCAUGCGACGUCGAUGGUUCUCUCGGCGAUGGAUCAUUCAAGAACUUGCUUUAGCAAAGAGUGCCGAGGUGCGCUGCGGCUCAAAGAAGGUCAAUUGGAGGGACUUUUCAGAUGCUGUUAGCAUUUUUGCACUCCGAUUCGACAGCAUCCUCAAAGACAUCAAGCGGGAUCCGAAACUAGAGAAGUCGCUGGAAGGAAUUAAGGAUAUGAAGCCACUUGGUGCCCGGAUUCUGGUCGACGUUCUGUCCAACACAUUCCAACGACAGGUCGACGGAAAUAUAUAUGCUCCCCGGCAAGGACUCGAGAGUCUCAUCUCAUCGUUGUCUACAUUCGAAACGUCUGAUCCUAGAGAUACUAUAUACACGCUCCUCAACCUUGCCAAGGAGACAUGUAAACUGCCAUCAAGCAACAGUGUGCAACAACUUCGACAAAGCAUGCAAGAGAGAAACCCUCCGCCCGAACCAGACUACAGUAUUGACUUGCUCCAAGUGUACACUAAUUUUAUCAAGUGGUGCAUAGAGGACAGCGGAUCCCUGGAUAUUCUUUGCCGUCACUGGGCGCUCCCUGAGCUCAAGCAGGUUUUGGAUGAGCAUUACCCAAGGCUCGUGGAGCUUCCAUCAUGGAUCAAAACAGUACAUGAAUCUGCUUACGGCUCGCAAACUGAAGGCUUCGGCGGACGAAGAACAGGAGACAGUUUUGUGGGUGUGCCGGAGACCCGUUGCUACAACGCAUCUCAUGGACUUCCACCAACAAUCUCCUUCGGCAGAGACAAUGCACUCCCAAAACAGCUUGACCAACCUUCAGCUGAGAACACUGGCGAGGAGACUGAUAAAGCAGACCCCAUUGCGCCAGGGCUGUGCAUUGGAGUCGUCUCGGAUACUCAUCCAAUGUACGAAGGUAUCAUUCCAAGGCAAGUUCUGCGGAGCUUGGGGCAUGACCCGAGAACAGAGCUACAAGGCGUCGCAGACACUGUCUGGAGAACGCUCGUGGCAGACCGGGAUGCGGAUGGAAAGGCGCCGCCGGCUUGGUAUCACAGAGCUUGUAUGACCUGUCUUGUGUCCGAUACCGGGGCCGGAAAUAUUGACACGAAUGCGAUCCUCCAACAAGACGAAGCUGCGACGAACCUCAAAGCAGACUAUCUAAAAAGAGUGCAGGCUGUCUGUUGGAACAGGAAGUAUAUCGAAUGCGAGGCUGCCCCUGAAGAUAAGAACAAUCGGAAGUUGGUCGGCAUAGCUCCUCAGGAUUCAAAAGUCGACGAUGUCGUGUGCAUCCUGUAUGGAUGCUCUGUACCCUGUGUUCUUCGUCCCUUCUGGAGUGAGAGAGGGCGCGGAGACCAACCUUCGUACUACGAGCUUGUAGGAGAAGCGUUUGUGUUGGGACAGAUGGACGGUGAAGCACUUGAUGGAUUAACUGAGGAGGAGUUGGCGGGAGAGGAUUUUCGUUUAAUGUAG